ACUUACGCAAUUUCUAAUGAAAUGCAAUUUGAAUAUAGCUCCUUCGAUUAAUACUUUCCAUAAGCUAUAUAUAUGCGGCCACCUUCAUUUGUAUCAUUCUAAGUUAAUCCUUACCAAAAAAAGAAAUCAUUCUAAGUUAAUAAAUACUCAACGGGUCCUCUCAAGUUUCGGUCAUAUCCAAAAUUUUUUUGGUUUUCCUUCGGGAUUGAACAAUGGAGGCCUCGUGUACCAUGUCAUUGAAAUGCAUGAAAGAAGAAAGCAGAUUUGUUAGCUGUGGUUAUGAGGUCAACACCUCUUCAGAUGAUUGCAUUGCUUCCAUUAACUCUUAUUCUGACCAGGUUCUUGGUUAUGGAAGAGAGAAGAAGGUGAUUCUAGAAGCGCCAAACUAUGAUAAUGAUUGUGUUUUGGCCAACAUUUUGGCUGCUCAUUACCUUAGCUCUUUUGACCCUGUUAGAGCCAGAUCAUAUGCUCUAGCUGCAGAAUCCCGUCUUGGGAAAGCCACACUGUAUGAGAAGGCAGUUUUCGAGGCUGUUAGUUACUUACUCUCUGAGAAUAUGGACGACGAUGUGGCUUUGGAGUUACACUCUAAGCUCUUGAAAAAGUUCCCGAAAGAUUUGCUAUCUUGGAAGAGAGUAGAGACUCUGUGUUCCUACAUGGGUCGACACGAUCUCUCUUUGCCUCUUUUCCGGAAGAUUCUACCGCAGAAUGAAGGCCAAGUUUAUGUUAAUGGUAUGCUUGCAUUCUGUUUAAUUGAGCUUGGACAUUUGAGAGAAGCUGAGGAAGCUGCUAGGAAAGGCUGUGAGAUCAACGAAAACGAUUCUUGGGCUCAUCACGCCUUAUGUCAUGUUCUUCAAACUGAAUGUCGUUUUAAAGAAGCAGUAAAGUUCAUGGAAGAACACUCAGAUUCAUGGGAUUCUUGCUCAUCCUUAAGGUUUUCGCAUAAUUGGUGGCACGUAGCUGUUUGUUACUUGGAAGGAGGGUCUCACAUAAGUAAGGUAGAAGAAGUAUAUGAUCAUCAGAUGUGGAAAGAGCUGGAGAAAGACGAUGCUGUUGCUAGAGAUGUUUAUACGGAUGCUCUUGGUUUGUUGUUGCGUUUAGACACACGCGGUAAACUAGAUGAUGGGUUUCAGGACAGACUAGAGAAACUGGCAGACUCUUUGACUGAUAAAGCAAUGUGGUAUCAAGACUGGCUUUUUGAUAUUACGACAAUUUGGGCAUUGAGUAAAGUUGAAAAAACUUCACUAGCACAUGAAUUGCUCGAGGGCCUCAAGUCCCGAACAUCCGCUAUGAACCCGAAGAAACAAAAGCUGAUGCAGAAAGCGAUUCUGCUUGCUGAAGCUGUUUAUGAAUACGGGAAAGGAAACUACGAGAUAGCUUUAGAACUGCUUGGAUUAGACUUUGACGCUGCUAACUAUAAGGUAAUGCGAUGUUCUUAUAAGAUAUAUGUCAAAUCAAAACUUAUUGAAGAAUACACAGCAAAUGCUAUUGUCUCUUUUGGUGACGAUAUAGGUGAUUGGAGGAUCGGGUUUACAGAUGGAUGUUUUUAAUGAAAUCUGGUACAAGUUGCUGUUACUCAACGGCAAAUCUUCAACUGCUAUUGAAGUACUAGAGAAGGUGACCAAACAGAGAGAUGGUGCUCCUUUCUUGUGGCGUUUGCUGGAAGAGAGUUACUCAAUGGAAGGCAAGGAAAAAGCUGGUAUAAGUGCAGGUAAGAAAGCAAAAGCAUUGGAAUCUUCAUAUUUCAAGUCUGCUUGAUCGCCAAAACGGCAUUUGUCUUGUUGUUUUAUAAUAAGUCAAUGGUUAUGGUCAAUGCAUAAGAAUAAUAAUAAUUUUGUUAAUAUAAUUGAAAUUUACAUUCUAUUGACUUUGUAUUAGUAUUUUAUAAAGAUGUUUAUGAGAAAAAAACUACUAGAAGACCAUUAAAAUGGAUCUUGAAAGCUGUAUGUUACAGUU